UUACAUUGGGGUUGUUUGCGUGGUGCAGACACGUAUAUGUAGCAAAGUUUGUGACUCCACCACGCAAUGCGGUGUUAAGGAGUAUUGGUUGAGUCAUGCAUUCUGGUGAGAUCAGGUUGGUCCAAGCCCAGAGCCUUGAGGUACACCUUGGUUGACUGAGGCCGAAGGGGAACUGCAGUCACUGAUGGUGACAAAGUGUUUCCGGUUUGAGAGGUAGGACUCAAACCAGGCAAGAGCUGUGCGACUGACAUACCUUUGAGGACAGGAGGGCUUUUGAGGACAAGGUCCAUUCAAGGUUACACUUGAGGAUUUAGUCACACUCUAACACAGAGGAAACACACAUAAUCAGGCCAAAUAAUUAUAAAAAGGCACAUGACUAAAUCAAUACUGUUUGGAAGAUGAUAACUGACAUAUGAAACUGUCUAAAAUAACUGAUUUGCUUGGUGUGUCUGUGCAUUGGUUUAACAAUAUCGGGUUGUGCAUGAUUGCUGCGUGGUGCCUGGCACUGAGUUUCUGUGAGGAUAGCAGGGUGAGGCAAGGUGACAGCAAGACACUCACCCCUGGACUUUGGGAUCAUUAGAGUCCGGAUUGCUUUAUAAGCUGCAGAACCUCACAAGCAGUACCAAGUGGAUUUGCCGAUACAACAACAAACUCAGAUAUAAGAGCCAUGAAGGUCCUUGUUGUGCUCGUCCUUGCCGUUUUCACAGGCUGCAAUGCCAACAUCUUAUAUGCUGAUGCACCCAAGCCACAGAUUGAAUUGCUGACUGAGGUCUUCUUGGACUAUGUCGCCAAGGCAACAGAGACAGCUGAUGACACCCUCCAGAUGAUCAAUAAAUCACCGUUUUUCCAGGGUGUCAAUGAACAUCUGGAAGAAACUAAAUGUGUGGCCGCCCAUUCUUUGUUCUUCAUGCACGAGAUGCUUCCCCCUGCAAGUCAGGACAUGUUCCACAAAGUCAUCAGAGAGGCCAAAGAGCUGAAGGGUCGUGUGGAAAGGGAGCUGGCCGCUGCCCAGGACAUCAUGAAGCCCUACACUGACAACAUGGAGGUCCAGAUCCAGCAGAGAGUGGAGCAGCUCAAACAGAAGCUGGCCCCCUACGCUGAGUCCAUUGACACCGAGGCUGUGAGAGCCACCCUGGAGCAGAAGAGCGAGGAGCUGAAGCAGAGUGUGAAGGACCUGCAGGCUCAGCUCGGGCCCUACAUCGAUGACCUGAAGCUGAAAGUGGACCAGCACCUGCAGGACUUCCAGGAGCGUGUGGCCCCCGUGGCCGAGCGGGUUCAAGAUCAGCUGAUACAGAAAGCCAUUCAGGUUCGAGAUAUGGCCGCCCCAUACGUUGAGGAUCUGAGAGUAAAUCUGAACCCCUACUCCCAGGACCUCCAGGCCCGCCUCACCUCCCUCUACGAGGCCAACGCCAAAUCCAAAUAAGUCAACCUCCCCCUCACCUUAAAGGGAAAGAAACUGCAUCAACAGAAACACAAUAAUCUGACCCCGGGACACAAAAUGAACAAAACGACAACACAAGCUAACCAGUUAUAGAUCUUUAAAGAAAAUAAUGAUUUGGAGGUUACGAACUGUGUUAGUAAAUUAAUGAAAAGGGAACA